CUUCCUUGCCAGACCUGAGUGAAUCUCAGCUACAGAGGAGACAUCAGAGCAGUAGCUUGUGCUGACUGCUGUGUGGAGAAGGGACUGACAGUCCAGGCUGCAUUUUUCUGUGACUCCAUUUUUCCUACCAGGGAUAUGAGGCCCAUGAAGGCCCCAUAGUCACCCCUCAGGGCUCAGAGGACAGGAGAGUUUUCUCCCCAGAGGAUAGCAUCCCUCAGAGGUCAGGAAGGGUAACCUGAAAGGACUCACUAUCCCUCUGCUUGCCUUGCUGACUGGUUCAUUCUGGGGGAGCUCAGAUGACCAUCUCUGUCCUCUACAUAAAGAACAUCAAAAGGACUUGACUCUUCCAACCACCGACAUGCGGUCACUAAUCUGAUCUGCAGCCCCGGUGAGAGAGUAAGUGCAGCCAGUGACCAAACCGGUGAGUCCUCCCCCAGGACUGCCCAGUGAAGGGGAAAGGAAGAGUCGCAAUUGAUCUACAAUGAGAGGCUUCCAGUGGGGAGAUCAAGGUUUCUUCCAUGACGAUGGGCUCUAGUCAUUCUGAUCUUCCGGGAGACCAGGUUGUCCUGAAGAAGUGACAGUCACCUCUCUGUUUCUCAAGAACUCUGCUCUGAAGAUAACCCCUUCUCCUCCCACCUCUUUCAAUUCUCUGUCUUCAGACAGAUUUCAAGCUCAGAGGAGUCCCAUAAACUCUGGUGGAGUGCAUUUCUCAGACACUAGAAAUUUCUGACUGCUUCAUCCCUGCCUCUUGAUCCAAUAUUGCAGCAUUUCCAGGAAAACCAUGGCCUCAGCUACAUUUAUCAAGAAGUUGAGGGUGGAAGCUACCUGCCCCAUCUGCCUGAAGCUGAUGACUGAGCCUGUGAGCAUUGACUGUGGGCACAGCUACUGCUGUGUAUGCAUAAAGGUUCUUACUCAGAAUCAAAGCUCUGAAACAUCAUCUCCGGGAACAUUUAAUUGUCCCAAGUGUCGGAAACCUUUUCAAAGUGGUAGUCUCCGGCCCAACAAGCAGCUGAAAGGUAUUAUCGAAAUCUUUAAGGAAAUGAAUCAGAACAUGUGUAAUGAACACGGAGAGCAGUUCCAUCUGUUCUGUGAAAAUGAUGGUCAGCUCAUCUGCUGGUGCUGUGAGCGGUCACCACAGCACAAAGGACACGGCACUGCUCCUGUUGAAGUUGCAUGCCAAGUUUACAGGGAAAAGCUCCAGAGAGCAGUCACAAAACUGAAAAGCACAGAAUCUAAAUAUAUGCAGCUGAAGCUAGAUACAACUCGGAAAAUAAGUAGUUGGGAGGAGAAAAUAAAGCAUGAGAAAGAAAGAAUCAAUUCUGAAUUUAAACAACUUCACAGUUUCAUGCACCUGGCAGAGGAGUAUUAUAUGCAUAGUCUAGAGAAAGAAAAAGAACAGAAGCUCAUCAGACUGAAGAACAAUGUAGCCCAUCUGGACAACAAAGUAGAAGAACUCAAGAACAACAUCCUGGAACUGGACAAGAAAUGUCAGGACUCAGCGCAGACUUUGCUGCAGGGUAUAAAAGACACCCUGAGCAGGGUCUCAGCUAUCAAUCUAGAAACACCAGAGGAUGUUUCUUUGGAACUGCAUACUGUGCGCAGUGUCUCUGAGCUUCACUUAAGUGUGAGAAAAAUUUUUAAGCGCCACCAAGUCAAUGUGUCUUCAGAUCCAGAUACUAUUAAUCAAAAGAUAUUCAUUGGUGAUCCUGUCCGCCCCUGCGACAUCCUCCAGCACCACACCCAGUCUGCAACCUGUCCCAGACCACAACGCACUGAAGAUAGAAGUUAUUCACAGACACAUGCAGAGAACCAAAUCAAACACCUGGAAGUUAAACAACUCAAUGUUGAACAACGAGUGGGUCAGGAAGGAAGUCAAGGAAGAAAUGAAAAAAUAUCUGGAAACCAAUGAGAAUGAAGACACGAGCUACCCAAACCUUCAGGACGCAGCUAAAGCUGUGAUAAGGGGAAAAUUUAUAGAUCUGCAAGCAUUCAUCAGGAAGAAAGAAAGGGCCCACAUAAAUAACAUAACUUCACAGCUCAAGAUCUUAGGAAAGAACCAGCAAAAGGAGCCCAAACAAGGCAGAAGGAAAGAAAGAACAAAAGCGGAAAUUAAUGACACGGAAACCCAAAAAAAACGAUCCGAAAGAUCAAUGAAACCAAGAGCUGGUUCUUGGAGAAAAUUAACAAGAUUGAUAAACCACUAGCAAGACUCACAAAGAAAGAGAGAGAGAGAGAACCAUAAUAAGCCGAAUCAGAAAUGAAAGUGGGGACAUCACAACAGAAACCAAAAAAACGCAAAAGAUCAUCAGAGUCUACUUUGGAAGUCUGUGUGCCAGGAAACAAGAGAACCUAGAAGAAAUUGGAUAAAUUCCUGGAUUCCUAUAAUCUCUCAAACUUGAACCAAGAAGAUAUAUUCAGGAAUACCUGAAUAUAUCUAUAAAUAGCAAAAAAUUGAAACUGUAAUAAAAAGUAUUCCCCAAAACAAAAGCCCAGGUCCAGUUGGAUUCACUAGCAAAUUUUUACAAACAUUUAAAAAGGACCUAUUGCAAGUUCUUCUCAAGCUUUUCCAGGAAAUUGAAGAAACAGAAACUCUUUGAUACAGUUUCUAAGAGGCACAUAUAUCCUUAAUACCAAAAGAAACCAAAAGAAGCAAAGACACCACAAAAAGAGAAAACUACAGAAAGAUAUUCCUGAUGAACACGGAUGCAAAGAUCCUUAACAAAAUAUUAGCAAAUAGAAUCCAACAACUCAUCAAACAGUUCGUAAAACAUGACCAAGUGGGAUUCACCCCAGGGAUGCAAAGAUGGUUUAAUAUUCGGAAAUCAAUCAACAUAAUACAUCAUAUCAACAAAAGAAAAGAUAAAACCAUUUGAUCAUAUCAAUAGAUGUAGAAAAAGCAUUUGACAAGAUUCAGCCCAGUUUAUGAUGAAAUCUCUCACCAAAAUGGGUUGUGAAGGUUCUUUCCUCAAUAUAGUCACAGCCAUCUACCAUAAACCUACCACAAGUAUUAUCCUCAAUGGGGAAAAACGAAGAGACUUCCCUCUAAGAUCAGGGACAAGACAAGGAUGCCCACUCUCACCACCUCUGUUAAAUAUAGUACUAGAAGUACUUGCAAUAGCGAUUAGGCAAUAAAAAUAUAUUAAGGGUAUCAGAUAGAAAAAGAAGAAAUCAAGCGCUCACCAUUCGCAGAUGAUAUGACACUAUGACCCUUAAAGCCUCUACCUAGAAACUCCUAGAAACAACAGACUUUCAUAGUAAAGUCACAGGCUAUAAAAUCAAUAUACAAAAGUUCAUGGCUUUCUUAUAUGCAAACAAUGAGAG